CUCCACUCCACACCAACCAACAAAGCUUCAGCUUCGAGCUUUCGCAAACUUCCCAUUCCACUCACUUGCUUGAUUGAAAACCCACAACACGAGCGACUCGCUCGCUCUGGACUACAACAACGAUGUCCGACGCCACUUCCGCGGCGCGCCCCAAACGCGAAGCCGAAGACUUCGCGCGCUCUCACGAUACCAACAACAAUGGCACAACCAAAAAACCCCGCUUCGACUACCGCAACCCCAGCACCCUCGCCGCCGACGCCCCCUCAGAAGACCUCAUCCUCGACGCCGACGUAAUAGGAAAAUCCGGCACAAACACCAAACGCAACGCCGUAAACAUUGACGGCUACGAAUCCGAUUCGGAUAAUGAUAAUUUUGAUGCGCGAGCGAGAGAGAAAGCGAGGCGACAAAAAGCUGAAGAGAAACAGCAGCAGAACAAAAGUAAAGAUGAAGAAGACGAUGAUAUGUUUGCUGAUUUGGAGGAGGAUUUGAAUGCGGAUGGGGAUGAAGAUGAGGAGGUGCAGAGGGAGGGGAAAGGUAAGGGGAAAGAUGUGAGGUUUUUGGAACAGAGUGAGAUUGAGGGGCAGGUGAUGAAUAGUGAAGGGGGAGGACAUGUUUCUGCUGAUAUCUUGAUGAGGGGGAAAGGGAAGGGGAGGCAAGAUGAGGAGUCGGAGUCUUCGGGGGAUGAGGAGGAGAGGGAUCAAUUACCUGAUGAAAUGGAUGAUGAGGAUGCGAGGGAGUUGGGAGCGGGGAGUAAGAAGAAACAUGCACCGAGGUUGGAUGCGUAUAAUUUGAAGAAUGAGGAGGAAGAGGGGAGGUUUGAUGAGUCUGGGAAUUUUAUUCGCAAAGCUGCAGAUCCCGAUGCUGUGAACGAUAAUUGGUUGGAGGGGUUGAGUAAGAAGGAUAUGAAGAAGGCGAAGGAGGCGGAGGAGAAGAGGGAAGAAGAGAGGCGGCGGAAAGCGAUGGAGGACGAUGCGGUACUGACCAGCGAUGUUCUUUCCAAGCUUAUCGCGCAACUUGAAACUGGUGAGACACCUCUCGAAGCAUUGCAAAGACUGGGAAAGGGCAAGACAGACAAGAAGGUGCCCAAGUGGAAGCAGAAGAAGCAACAGAAGAAGAACGACGGUAUGGAUGUGGACGAACCCGAGGCCAAUGGCAAUGGCACAGUUGAUCCCAAAGAGGAUGCCAGAAGAAAGGCGGUCGAAGCCAUUACGGGUGCCGCAGAUGCUCUGUAUUCACGCGGGCAGCAUGAGAUCUACCAAGCAGAGCGGGAGAUCCUAAUGCGACAGUAUCGUAGGGAGACGGGCGAAGACUGGAAAGCAGCAGCCCCUGCAGAAGGCGCGACAGGAGCUGGUGCUGGUGCUGGCUCGGAGGGAUCAUUAGACGCGUGGGAAUACCGAUGGAGCGAUGCAAGAGAUGGCGGAUCGUCUCAUGGUCCAUACGAUGCUGCGACCAUGCGCGCGUGGAAUGAAGCCGGAUACUUUGGUGAAGGUGUGGAGUUCCGUAGGGUAGGAGAUUCGGCAGAGUGGAGCAAAAUCCUCGACUCUAGCUAGGCACGCCGACGAACCGGGCCUGCGGUCCCAUUUUGCUUCCUUGUCUAGUCUCCAGCUUGACCCGGUGCGCGUGUAACUGCCGAC